AAAAAAUGUCUUACGACACUGCACUCACAGUUUUUUCUCCAGAUGGAUAGCUAUUUCAAGUCGAAUAUGCAAUGGAAGCAGUGAAAAGGGGAUUGUGUUGUGUUGGAGUAAGAGGAAAGGAUGUCAUAGUUCUGGGUGUAGAGAAAAAGGCAACAUCAAAACUCUAAAAUGUUAAAACAAUUAAGAAGGUGUAUUAGUUGGGUAGCAAUUUAUUCAAAUGAUAGACAACAACUUAUGUAUGACAUUUUCUGGGUUAAAUGCUGAUGCAAGAAUAUUGGCAAAUCAAACUAGAUUAUAAUGCCAAUAGUACAAAAUUUAUUACGAGGAUGAUCCUUCAGUUGAUUACAUUGCUAAAUUUACAAGCUAAUAAUAAUAGAAAUUCACCUAAAGAGGUGGAGCAAGACCUUAUGGUAUUUCAACAUUAAUUGCCGGAUUUGAUAAUCAAAAUAAGCCAAAGUUAUUUUAGACGGAUCCUUCUGGAGCUUGUUCAGAAUGGAAGGCUACCUCUCUGGGAAAGAGUGCGAAAUAAGUGAAGGAUUUCUUAGAGAAGCACUGGAGGGAAGGAUUGCAUGAGAAGGAUGCUCUUCUACUGACAACUAAAGUAUCGGAAUAUGGUAUAUGUCAAGGCUUUGAUGGAUGUAGUUGAAAGUGGAAAUAAAAACAUUGAGUUGUGUGUGAUUAGGAGGAACACAUGCUGGUUUUUGAGUGAAACAGAAGUGGAGGAGUUGACAAAAAUAACAGCAUAGAUCUAAUGAUUAUAAUAUACAUUAAAUAAUUAAACAAAUG